GUACUGCUAUUAUUUUGAACAAUACUGUAUGCAGGACAGACUUUCAGGUGGCUGCUUGAAAAUGAUGUGGGCUGGGUCAUAUGGCUGCUGUCUGAAUAUUGCCAGCAGGGUGAGAAGAACGAUCUCCUAAAGUGGCAAAAGGAACGAUUGCUGCAGUAUGCCAGAGAGUUCCCACCUGUCACCUUUCAUCUUGACAAACGCUUGGAGGAGUCAAGGAAAGACAAAGGAAAGAAGACUGAAUCUACCCUUUCUAAGUUCCAGCAGGAUCCUGACUAUGCCAGUGAUGCUGAAUUGUUGGCAGCUGCUGAGACUGUCCUUGAAGAGUGUGAGGUAGCGGUCGCCACACAGCUGACCACCUUGGGAGAGCUCACACCGGCUGUGAGUCAGGACUCUUCCCUGAGCCUCGGCACAUCUCAGGGAAGACCUUCUUCCCCUGUAGACACCUCUGCCUCAGAUCCUCAGAUCCGAAGCCCUAGCUCCAACUGCCCUGCACCACCAGGUGAAUACCUUGAGAAGAAAGGCUUUGGUAGUUAUGCCAGGCAAGUGUGUGGGAUGAAUUACAAUUACACCCUGUUGACGGAAGAGCUGUAGUGUUCACAUUGUGAAAAGAUGAGGCGGGCAGUGAGUAAGACACAUAGUGACACAGACAGUGAAGAUGAGGAGAGUCAUCAUGUUCAGCAGUACAUUUGGCUGGCACACAGUCCAAAGAUUCUGAUGAACUUGGCCCCGGCCAUCAGAAGCAUGUUUCCUGCCAUACUAUGUGGGAAGUGUGCCAUUGACAAAGGCGUGCUUACUCUUCUGAAUGACAAGGUCAACAGUGUGUCCAUGAACAAAGUCCAGAGACUGCUGCAGCAGGGACAUGAUGAGUGGUAUGUGGAGCGCCGUGACCUGUUCCAGACUCUCCUGUACGAAGCCCACACAGCUGGAUCUGCAUCGUAUCAGAAGAGCAUCCUGUCCUUCGUCAAAGCUGCUGGUACUUACACCCCACCCCCCUGACUCCCCUUCCUUGUGCCCGUGUGCUGAGGCGUGCACACAUGAUCAUGGAGAUGAAGAUGCCUGUGUACACAGCCUCAAUCCUCAGUGUGACUGGAGACAUCCUCUGCAUUGAUGGUACAAAAAAGGUCCUUAGGAAUAUAUAUGGUGAUGGCCAGGGCACCAUGCAGUAUGUCACCAGUGUGCUGAACGAGUGGGGCCAGUUCUUGACCACAGUGGUGGUGGCAGCUGGGUCUGAGGGAGGCUACAGACAUAUGGCCAAAGGUCUGAUGGUCCGCUUUGAACGACCUAGGGCUCCUGCAACAACUGUCAUAUAUGCGGAUAACAACUGUUGUCGGAGACAGGUUCAGCAAUUGAGUCCAUUACGGAGUUCAAUGGACCUGCAGGCCUUGACAUUGAUGGAAUCCACCUGUUCAAAUCAGCACAGGCAGUGGAUUCUCACUGGGCAACUGCAAGCAAGCAUCUUAGUUGUAUGCAGGACCCCCUGGCAUACAGCUGUAUGUGUCCGUGAAGGUGGUGGUGCUGAAUGGUACCGCCUGAACAAGUACAAUCACUCUGGGUUGCUGGUGGUCAUGGCAGGCAGACGUGGUGUAUGGACCCGUGGCAGAUUCAGCGCCUGAAUCAGCAGGCUGAGGUGCUCUUCGGUAAAGAGCAUGUCCUCAAGCCCAACUUUGCCGCUCCAAUGCCCUACCCUGUUGUAUACAAGGACCCAGACAAGGAGGAGCUCCUUGGAGUAGAGUAUGCCAUGUGCCAGUCAACCAGCUUCAUUGCAAAGGAUUACUAUGCCCAGCAAGUUGAGAAAGAGCAGUCCUGUGAAGAAGAGGAGACGGCUGAACAUGCUGGCAGAUGAGGGUGUGGACAUGGGUGCAGGGUAAGAGGAGGAUCCUAUGGACACUGUCAGUGACAAACAUGUCAUCCUCACUCAGUCAGAACAGGUGGAGGAGGAGGACAGUCCUGCUCUGCAGGAUGUGCUGAUGACCCAGAGCCAUCUGCAUCUUCCUGGGCUGGAGGAAGUGGAAGCCUUGGCCCUGCUCAUUUUAGAACUGUCAGACAACAGUGACCGAAGGUCUGACCUAAGGCUGAAGAUUUGCACUGCAGUUGGUGCUCUGCAUGAGCAUGACAGGUCUGCAGCCAACUUGGUAAAAAGGUAUGAGUCAAGGUGGGGUUACACUCUGUUUGGCAGAUGCUUGGGAGCUGACACACCUGAGACCAGAGCAGCACAGAAGACAAAGUUUUCCUGGAUGAGGUACCCUCAGGCAGCCCAGGUGACUGAAGAUAAUCGUCUGUUGUACCUCAUUAUUAAGAUGCUGAAAAACCGGCCACCAGCCAGUCGUCUCACCUCCCCCACUAAAAUCACCAAUGAAAUCAAGAGCCAGUAUAAAAGGAUUGUAGACCGAGUCAGAGACGAUCCCAUCCUCAACGGUCUCUCCAUUCCUCUGCCCAAUCUGAAUGCCAAGUCCAUCUCUACAUUCAUGGCACGGGAAGAGAAAAAGGCUAACUACAGGGCAAAAGUAAUGCCAAAAGUGAAACCCCACCAAAGAGUGGUGUCAGAAGAACCAAUGCCAGCAGCUCCUACUCUGCCAGAAUCCCUUCCAGCUCCAGAUCGACCUCAGGUUCAGUACCAGAGCCUACGUCAUGUAGCAGAGAAAAGGCAUGGUCAGAAGCGGAGGUUAGAUGUGGAAAUGCUUUUGAACCGGCCCAUUCAACCGAAAUCCCCUGUGGCCACGUACAUCCCACCCAGAGCGUCAGCAGCACCUGUCCUGGUAGUGGUUCCUGCACAGCCAUAGGGACCAUCCAUGAUGCUCUGUAGGGCAUCCAGCAGUCAAGGGUUCAUACCUUUCGCACCACCUCCUGCGCUAACAUCCAGAUUAAUCAAGCCUCAUAAAUCCGUGGGGCCUGCCAAGUACCCAGUGUGGUGGGCAGCGUAAGAGGUACACGCCCUCCAAAGACAAGGCUGCUGAAAGUAGCCAAAAAAUAUUCACCUAUUGCCCAGCAACUAGGAAGUCCACCACUUCAGGUUUUGAAGGGGUUGUGUUCAACAGUUUUGAACACUUCAAAAGUGUAGUAGAUGAGGAACUAAAAAUAAAAAAAACUACAUCUGCAACUACAUCCCCCAAAUCACAAUAGCAGAUUUCUGGGGUAUGGUUUGGACUUGGUUCAGACCUGGAUUAGACCUAGUUUAGAUUUUGCCCUAAUUUGGUCCUGGUUUAGACAUGGUGUGGGUUACAGAGAUUUACAUGUCCUCAACAUUACUAACACUUUGUGGGUUACAAUGUACUAUUUGCCAUGUUAUUUAUAUUCUCAUUAUAAGGCUAAAAUAUAGUAAGCCAUAUUUGCUACUAUAUCUAGCUCCUAUACCAAUUAGCUGAUUCAUUAUACACCAUCUAUAAAACACAUACCUAUUUUCACAUAGAAAAAAAUGUGUUUUUAUUGAAUGUAAAUAGCUGCUUAACAUCGCAUACCAUUGUACUGCAUUGUCUCAUCCCCUUGUAUAUAUUGUAUGUAUAUUGUUCAGUGUGUACAUGUAUAAAUCUUAUAAUAAAAAUUCUGUAAAUAAUAACUUUUAAUAAUAACUAUUUUGCUAUAUUUUCUGAAAAAUUAAUUAAUGUUAAUUAUAUUCUGUUUACCUUGUUACCUGUGUUAUUAUUAUUGUGUAUUUAUUUCUGAUAUGUAGAUAUAUAUUGUUGAACAAAUAAUAAUAAAAAAGAAUGUUUCCAAAUAUAUUAUUCCUCUCACUGCCGUUUUUCCACUUGAUUUGUCCACUUCAUGUAAAGACUUUCACAUGAAACUGUAUUGAGUAAAACAGGCUAAAUUACUUACCAGUAAGGUAAA